GUUGACUACGAGGCAAAGUGGGGGGAGAAACAGACACACACGGGGCCUAGUCGUCACAUAUUUUCAUACGAAGAAGCUGUGCCGCUAAAACACCCGUUUUUGGUUUCCCAAAACAACUCCGGCCCGGGCCUCAGUCCGCGGUCUAGAGUUUGAUAGCAGGCUGUUUGAGACGCCUUGGUGUGCAGCUGCCAACAAGUCCCUUUGAUCCAGCCACCAUCAUGGGAGACAGUAGAGACUCCCGUAGCCCAGACAGUUCGUCUGUGUCCUCCCCUCCCUCAGGCCAGCGCUCGCCCUCGCUGGUUCCCUCAUCCGCAGCUUCCAUGACCUCCCUUCCUCCCAUCAGCACCUCUGGGGUCGACAGCCCCAUCAGUAGCAUCGGCUCCCCCUUUUCUGUCAUCAGCUCUUCAUUGGGCUCCCCAUGCCUACCUGGCACGCCAUCAAUAGGCUACGGCCCCAUCAGCAGCCCACAGAUAAAUUCAACAGUGUCCAUGUCAGGGCUUCAUGCAGUGAGCAGCUCAGAUGAUGUGAAACCUCCGUUCGGAUUGAAUCAGAUGUCGCCCCAAAGCCCAGGGCCGAUGCUUUCCCAGAAACGCCUUUGUGCCAUCUGCGGAGACAGAUCAUCCGGUAAGCACUAUGGUGUCUACAGCUGUGAGGGCUGUAAAGGCUUCUUCAAGCGCACAGUGCGCAAAGACUUGAGCUACACCUGUCGCGACUGUAAAGACUGUUUGGUCGAUAAGAGACAGAGGAACCGCUGCCAGUACUGCCGCUACCAGAAGUGCCUGGCCAUGGGCAUGAAGAGAGAAGUGGCCAAGAUGAACGACAGAUCUGUCCAAGAGGAACGGCAGAGGAACAGGGAACGAGAAGGCGAGGUGGAGUCGACUAGCGUGGUGAACGAGGAGAUGCCGGUGGAGAAGAUUUUGGAAGCGGAGGUGGCUAUAGAGCAGAAGACGGAGCUUCAUGCUGAUGGAAGUUCAGGUGGCAGCUCUCCCAACGAUCCAGUGACCAACAUCUGUCAGGCCGCAGACAAGCAGCUCUUCACCCUGGUGGAGUGGGCUAAGAGGAUCCCUCACUUCUCUGAGCUGGCCCUGGACGACCAGGUCAUCCUGCUGCGGGCAGGUUGGAAUGAAUGUGAGUGCAACCUUCUUGUCUCUCAGAGAGUAGGCUGACUGUAGCAUGUAUGCAGGAUGUUGGUGUUUGGAGUUCUACUGCAUCAUGUUCAUACCUGGAGAUGGGAAUCAUUAUGAAGGCAGUCAUGUAUCAGCUGACUGAGCAAAUGCCAAUAAUCAUCAAGAAGUGACAGUAUGCUAAUUGCUGCACAUUGUUGCUUUAUCUGUUACAUAAGUGAAUUGGCAUAUGAAAGGAUUUAGAUUUCCCAUCCCCCAUAUAAAUAACAGCAAUGUGUUAAAAAUUACCAAUUUCUCUAUUUCUUAACAUUGCACUACGAGUGUAUGUCAUUAAAAGAAUGAUGAACUGAUGCAGUAAACACUUUUGAAAGAGAAGUCCGUGCAGGUUCUGAAUGCUAAGCCACCUGCAGCUCUGCUGAUCAGGCCAGCUGUUUGAGCGAGAGCUGGUGGUUGUGUAUUAAUGAUUUUUUAACAUUUGUUAUAGGGUAUGUGUGGCCACAUGUGUAUGCUUUUUAUGCACAUAUGUAAUGAGUCUGUCUGCAGCUCCGCCUUUUGACUGGCAGAUAAUAUAGCUUUGGUGGUGAUGUGUGGUGUGAUGAUAGACUUGAUACACAGAGGAAGAGGAGCCAAGCUGGAGGGCUGAUGAAAAGCCGUUUUGACCUGAUGCUUUAUCAACACAGCCUCCUCCCUUCCUCCACUUUACCCCGUCUCCACUGCUUAACUUUAAACCUAACAAAUGCUCAUCCAUUCACUGGGCUGAACUUGGCUUUGCAUUGGAAAGGUUUUUGUAAAAUAAUCCUCUUAUUCUUGGACUGUUUUGAAAAGGAUGUGAAGCUUUCUUCGGGACGAGCAUUGGAGAGCUGUAAGGAAGGGAUUCAGUGCCCCGUGUCCCUCUCUGCUUACUUUACUUGAUGGUAGCGACGAUCCGCGCUCGCCACGGGAGACCGCUAUAUCCCACCGUGCCGCCCACACAUGUUUAUCGUUGCAACGGUGUGCACUCAAGGCAGACGCAUGCUGUGACCUUUUGACUGUGCAGCAGUAUUGUUGUCGCCAUCUUUGUUACUUUUUGAAAUGAAUCGCUUUCUGAAAAUAAGGACAUUGAUUAAACAUGCUUUUUUUAAUAAGAUCGCUGGCUGUGACUGAAGAGUUGAUCAUCGUGUAUCGAAUAGAUAUCAGGGCGGCAUUUGUACCUAUUGACACAGGCCCUCUGGAGCCAAGGCCUAUCCCAUUAUGAUCAAUGAGGCAGUGUGUGCUAUGCCGCCUUUGAACCACCCUCACUGGUUUAUCACUGCCAAGCUGUACGCCGAUUUGGGCUUCUUUUUUUUAAUGCAGGGCCUCAGUCCCCUGUGCUUGUUUGUCAUGUAUGUUGUGUUAAUUGUGCAGCAGACUAAAGAGUGUGUGCUAACCUUAGGCUGUGUAGUGCAUACUAAAGAGGGACCCUAAGAGGAUCGGAGUGACACUUUGUGUGGAGAGGGGAAGGGCUGUUCUCUGGAGACAGUAGUGCACCAGUGUGUGGCCCCCUCUUGGUGCUCAAGCAGUUCAUUGGUGCUUUUUUUUUAAUAGGGUCCCCCCCGGCCCUUAAAACGUAUGCUCUUGUUUCCAUGACACAGGGAAAUGCAUAUAUGACUGAAAUGCAAGUAGGGAACGGUUAAAACAGGGAUAGCCCUGCUCUACUGUGUCAGUCACAUGUGGCUGCAGCUGGAUACCACCAUUUAGAACAUGAGGGAGAAACCGUGGCUCUUUGGAGACGCAGUGAAAAGGCCUGAAGAGGUCUGGUUGCAGGAGGCACCUCUGAGCAGAAUCUGGUUACAUGUAUUGAACUUGAUGGAAGGAAUAUGAUUGCGCACUUUAAAGAGGAGGUUGUUGAUCAUGUGUUAGGUGGGAUGAUAUUUGGAAGUCAAAGAGAAAAAGGAGGGAUGAGGACUGAAACACAACUCAGAUCAGGUGUCGUUAAGUCGCUCAAGAAGAAAACCUAUUUUCUGGUAGAACUCAAAUCUCCCUUAAUUGUCUACUCUUCUUCACCUUAAAAAAACAAUUCACGCUGUUUCUUUGUGUUGUUUCCUGUCUCCCUCCUCUCCAGCUGUGAUAUUCAUAUUUUAUUAAUUAGGUGACAAAGUAUUAAACAAAAGCAAGAACUGUAAAAUCAGAAGUGGAAUAUGUCACCCUUAUUUUUUUUUAUUGUUCUCUCGUGUCAGUUCUUUGUCCUGUCUGUAUCCGACUCCAUCGUACACAUGGAGCUGAGUGACUAUCGUGUACUUCGGGGAUUGAAAGAAGAAAAAAAAAUAUGAAUACUUUUUCAGUCAUUAAUUCUAAAUCUUGUUUGUUGUAUCAUGUCCGAGUAAAGGUUUUAAUACUGUA